UGCAGCUACAACUUAGAAUACAAAAGACACCUGCUCCCCUGAAGAACUGGGAGUCAACAAACAGCUGCUUUUGCCUAGGGGGCAGAAGAGUAAGAAGAGAGAAAGAGAUGAUGUUCAAUAGUACACCGUGGGCAGGAGACUUGCAACCUGGACCAGCGAUGGCAGGCUGGAGCAUUAUGUUCCAUAGAGGUGAGAUAUGGGGAAGGGGCCAUGUACCUGGGUGAUGCUAAGGUCUUCAUUGGCCACCUCAGGAAGGGGAAGCAUCUCUGACAAAAGGGGGCUGCUUUUAUUUGUUUCUUGAGUUACCUAAUAUGAAUGUCCCAAGCAAGUGUGAGAGAGUGUGUAUAUGUGGACAGGGUGAGGGGACAGUUGGGAAGAGUUCUGUGGUGGGGAGGAGGGAGACCAGGAAGAGGGAAAGUCAUAGAUGAGGAGGAGGGAGCAGAGCUGCCAGUAGAGGGGUGGAUGGUAUUGGACAAGGUGGAAUGUGCCCAAAGGAAGAGUCAUCAGGGACGUCAUGUUGGGCUGAAUUUGAGAAGGAUGGGUGAGUAUCAGAAUCCAGCCAAGCAUAAAUGGCAUUCCUAUCAAAAAUGAGGGUCUGAAGAUCAAAUUUAGAUCCGUUAUUGAGAAUAUAUCCCAGAGGUGAGUUGGAGGGAUGGAGAACAGGAUCCAUGAACAUUCGCCUAAGAGGCAUCCCUAGAAGGCCAUGGGUACCCCCUCCUGAUGCUUUCCGCGGUGAGACGCUGUCCCAGUGCACUGACUUGGCUGAGAUGUGACUUGGACUAGGGUGUCUUCUGAAAACAAGGACUCUCAGCCCACAGAAGUAAAGCAAUUUCUUUCCUGAGCCGUAUUCGUCCUAUUGGGUAUGAUCCCUCAAAGGGAGACUCAUAACUCCAAAGUACCAUGUAAGCCACCUGCAGGAGAGCUGCCUGCAGCUUUGCCUCCAAGUGCCCCUCCCUCCUCUGGCCUGGCCUGAAGGCGCCGCGUCUGCCACAACACAUUUCACCAGCUGCUCCUCUUAGACCUCCGCCUACUUCGCGGAUUUCAUGUAGAUGUGAUUUCCUAGAAGGUGAUAUUAGAUGCUAAUCAUCUCUUGCAUCUGAAAUGCCAAUCGUAAGUAAAAAAAAAUUAAGUGCUAAGGGCUUUGAAAAAUUGAAAUCAGUUUGCUGCAGGGUCAUCAGAGGUAGAAAUGAACAAUGAACAGGGAGACAGAGGGCAUUUCCCAGACAAGGUUUUCAUCAGGGGCUUUUACUUCAGAGGAAAAAGGGAAAGAGCAAGGAGGCUUGGGAGGAUGAGGGAGGGGCUGCUCUGUCGCUUCCUACCUUUUAAGUACACUACGGAGGUGAGGUGAUGGCUCUUAGCAGACAAUCUUGACAAGGCCAGUGCACUCAAGAAGGUACACAGAGGCCGUGACGACUGAUGCCGCUAAUCAACUUGACCACAUCUAGAAGGAACUGAAACCCAAGCAGUGAAUGGAACAUGCCUGGGAGGGAUCUUUAUUUUUUCUUUUUUAAUGGGAUUAUCAGAAGUCAGAAGACCCACCCUAAAUCUGGGCCACACCUUCUGGUGGCAGCCCACAUAAAAAGGACACGCGAGAAGGAAGCCUUUGAUUUUUGCCUGCUUGCCUGCACUCUCACUGGAAACCUUCAUCUCCCCUGUUCCUGGGACAUUGCUUUGCUGGUGUUAGAACCUAUUUCUUCAGGAUUCCAACCCAGCUCUCUAGGACCUCCCUGGGACUCUAGCAUCAAAAGCUGACGCUUUGGGUCUUGUGGACAACUACUGGAUCCUUGCCUUUCCACCAGGAGACAGCCACUGCUGGACCGCUCAGACCACAGCCUCUCUUGCCUCAAAAGCCAAGCCAUGCCUAAGGAGCAGCAAGUCAUGGGUCCGCUGAGGGGUCCCCACAGCUCAACUUCCGCACCAACCACCACGAUCAACAUGCCUGCUGAGAUCUCCACGCCCGAUCACGUGAUCUGGUCCACAUUCAAUGCACUCUUCCUGAACUUCUGCUGCCUGGGUUUCAUAGCAUACGCCCACUCUGUGAAGUCCAGGGACAGGAAGAUGGUGGGCGAUGUGACUGGGGCUAAGGCCUACGCCUCCACUGCCAAGUGCCUGAACAUCUGUGCCCUGAUCUUCAGCAGCAUCAUGAUCAUUAUCUUCAUUGCUCUUUACGCCAGCAAACUUAGUUCUGGGGCCUACUAGUCCUGCCUUGGGCUCCACUGUCUACAGCUGCUCCACACCCUGGUCUUGGGCCUGACACUUUACCCCACACAUCAGCAGCUGUUAGCUCGCAUCUGUUCACAGUGGAGUCAAUAAAGUGCACGUAUUGACAACUAUGCUGUGGCCCUCUGUUCCUGAAUGAAUCUUGAACUGAGUUCAUCGUGUGUCUUU